AUGGGACGCCUUAGAAUCUUAUUUAUCUGCAUUGGCAACACUUGCCGUUCUCCGAUGGCCGAGGGUAUUCUCAAACAUUUAGCUCUGAAAAAUCAGCUUGACUGGAUUAUUGAUAGUGCUGCUCUACGAUCGUGGAAUGUUGGUCGCAAACCAGAGGAACGUUGUUUAAAAGUACUCGAUGAUCAUGGUAUAAAACUAAAACAUUAUGGGCGAAUGAUAACUAUGGAAGAUUUUGAAAAAUUUGAUUAUAUUCUCGGCAUGGAUGAGAGUAAUCUAAAUGAACUCCAAGUGAUGGCUGAUAUGGCGGGUAAAAAAUGUCGAGCUAAAGUUGGACUGUUGGGGACCUAUUUGGAUAAUUAUGAAAUGGAAAUUAUUAAGGAUCCAUAUUUUAGCAAGGGUAUGUCGGCAUUCUGCAGUACUUUCGAUCAAGUCUAUGAAAGUUGUUUAAAGUUGAUUGAAAAACAUCGAUUUGAUAAUGUGGAACACGAAGACGAUGAUGAUAAUGGUGAAACAAAGGAGGUACCGCAGGAGGGCCCCAAAGAAGUGGCGAGUGUAUGA